GAGGCUGAGACAAGCAGCUGCCCCACCACUGUCGGCACCACCUCAGGGGAGACCACCACAGACCCAUGAAUCCUCUGUCGCUGCUGGAAGAGGAGGACAACCCUCCAGCCCACCGGCUGGCGGAGCCACAGCAAAGCAGGAGAGAGAGCGGCAGCAUGAAGCAGGUGGACCUCCCCGAGGAGAAUGGCUUCAGCGAGGCGGUGGCCACUGGCCAGCUCGAUCACACACCCGGCACCUGCGGAAAGAAACGCCACUGGCUUCGGCGCCUGGUCCCGGACAACUUCUGGGAGGAUGUGAAGAAGCUGCUGGUUCUCGCAGGCCCUCUGAUCCUGAUCCAGCUGCUGAUCUUCCUGAUACACCUUGUCAGCUCCAUAUUCUGUGGCCACCUGGGCAAGGUCGAGCUGGCCUCCGUCACGCUGGCCAUCGCUGUUAUAAACGUAACUGCCAUCUCUGUGGGAUACGGUUUAGCUUCAGCAUGCGACACCUUGGUAUCACAGACCUACGGCAGCAAGAACCUGCUGCGCGUAGGGGUGAUCCUGCAGCGUGCCACCCUCAUUCUCCUGCUCUGCUGCUUCCCGUGCUGCGCCAUCCUCAUCAACAUCGAGCAGCUCCUGCUCCUCAUCCGCCAGGACCCUGAGGUGUCCAGGUUAACCCAGCGUUACGUGAUGGCAUUUGUCCCUGCUCUCCCGGCGGUUUUUCUGUAUAGCCUGGAGACAAAAUACCUGCAGAACCAGAUGAUCAUGUGGCCACUGGUGCUGAGCGGGGUCGUCGGCAACAUGGUCAACGUGAUCGCAAACUGCAUCUUCCUCUACGUGCUCGACUUGGGCAUCACGGGCUCUGCCUGGGCCAACACCGUUGCUCAGUAUUCACAAACCAUUUUCUUGUUCCUGUAUAUUAUAGGCAAGAAACUCCACGUGAAGACCUGGGGAGGCUGGUCCAGCGAGUGCCUGCUGGAGUGGGACAGCUUCAUCUCCCUGGCUAUCCCCAGCAUGCUCAUGAUAUGCAUCGAGUGGUGGACCUACGAAAUUGGGAGCUUCUUGAUAGGCCUGCUGAGCGUCGUAGAGCUCUCUGCCCAAUCCAUCAUCUACGAGGUGUCCGUCGUUGCUUUCAUGAUCCCCCUGGGGCUCGGCACAGCCGCCAGCGUGCAGGUGGGGAACGCGCUGGGUGCCGGUGACAUCGAGACGGCCAAGAGAUCCUCGUCCACCAGCCUGCUCUGCACAGGUGGGUUUUGCGUAGCCGUGGGGGUCAUUUUAGCUGCCGCGAAGGAUGUGCUGGGAUACAUCUUCACCCCUGACAAGGAGAUCGUUGAUUUGGUGGCCUGGGUCAUGCCCGUCUACGUUGUCUUCCACUUGUUUGAAGCCAUGUGUGGUGCCUGCAGCGGGGUGCUGAGAGGCAUAGGCAAACAGAAAUUCGGUGCCAUCCUCAACACCGUGGCCUACUACGGCAUGGGGCUGCCCCUGGGAGCCGUGCUGCUCUUCGUGGUCAAGAUCGGAGUCAUAGGCCUGUGGCUCAGCAUGCUUGUCUGCGUCUCCAUCCUCUGCACCUGCUUCGUCGUCUACAUCGCCCGCAUGGACUGGAAGAAGGCAGCCGAGGAGGCUCAACAUCGUGCAGGAGUGACCCAACCACCACCAGCGGAGCCGAACGCAGGUCCCGAACCCUCCUCCAAGGAGCUUCCCUGUGGUGCAGGGCCAACCCCGCUGCCCCACGCUUACCCCCCUGCCACGGCAGUGCGGGGCUGCGUAGCGGGAGUGGACGCGCAGAACGGCAUCGUGCUCACGGGCAUCACCAGGAUGGAAGGACAAACGUACCAGCUGGAGCCCCAAGAAGCCACCACACGUGCCACAUCCUCUCUGGCCACUGCCAUGACCCGCAGGGAGCUGAUCAUCCGGCGCGGGCUGGCGGCGGCCGCAGCCGUGGCAGUAUUUGCCCUCGGCAUUGUCAUAAAGCUGACAACCAGCACACACUGACCCACACCAGGGACUGUGGGGACUUUGUUCUGGGGGCAAAAGCACUUCCUGAUGGCCAUAGAAAGCACGGACUGCCCAGUGAGAAUCCAGCACUAACCUGUCCCGUGGGAGCCAAAAGGCUCUGUCAGUAUUUGGCAGCAUCUGCUCGGCCACCACUUUGGAAAGAGUCCUCUGGCUGCUCCAACACCCAAAACACUGCUCCGACACCCAAAACGCUGCUCUGACACCCAAAAUGCUGCUCUGGGCUGCCCAACGCACACCAAGCCUGUGGGUCUCCCCCUCCAGCAUACGUUGCCAGCUGUCCCCCAGCAGCUGUCACCCAGCAGAGCCCAACUCACACUGCUGCUCGCUGACAAACGCCUAAUAAAGAAUAAAUCCAGCUGGACGUGGCUCGGCUCCUU